GCGACUUGGGCUACUUAACUGAACGCGUUGUUUUAACUCUUACAAAAUAAAGAAAAAUAAAUUUUGAAAAAAAAUCUUUUUUUUAAACGCAACGACUACAAGAGAAGAAAUAAAGAACCAAAAGAUUUAUAUAUAAAAAGUAGAUAGAAAAAAAUGUUUUUGUUAUAAAUAAAAUUGUAUUUUUUUUAAUAUUCACAUACAAAUGUUUUUAUAAAAUAUCUCAAGCCUAUAACUCGUAAAUUUUUUACAAGUGCUGCUUUAAAUAUCCAAUAUUGUGUCUGUCUCUCUCAUUUUUUUGUAAAUUGAGAGUGUGCCAACGAAAACGAUAAGAUUUUGUUAAAGACAAACAAAAUUUUUUUUGUAACAAAGAAAAAUUUGGAAACUUUAAUUUGUGAUCUUUUUUUUACGAUAUAUAACAUCAAACAACAAAGCCGACAAAAUGAGUUCUGGGUAUGGAUCUGGUCAACGCAUGCCCGCACAACAGACCUACGAGGCACCCGCCUGUGUUCAAAAUGCCAUGAUGACAAAAGACAAAAAACCCUUUACCUACACACCCGGUGGCAUUGAUCUCUCGCAAAUCAAAUCGGAACGUAUGGCUAAACGUCUGGCACGCAACGCACAAGCCGAAGGUGCCACCGGUGCCCAACAACAUAAUCGUCCCACUCAACCACAGUCACCCGGCGGACAGGCCUCUAGUCCCAAUGCGGCCGCCUCUAUGGGCGCUGCUGCCAUGGGUAUGCCGUUUCAGGUAUUACCACCACCACCACCGCCAGCACCCGGUAAGAAUUUUAAUGGUGGCAGUGCACCAGCACCACCCCCACCACCACCAUCCUCUUCCAAUUUUUCCAAUACAGGCACAUUAGCACCACCCACCAAUGGUGGUGGUGCUGGUGCUGGACGUGGUAGCGCACCCAAUUCACCCAGUAUGCCACGUAAAUCACCAACACCACAACGUUUUGAACCACCACCAAUGGGCUUUCGUCCAGAAAUUAAAAUUCCUCCAAAUCCGAUGGCGGCUUUGCGUAAAGUACCACCACCGGUGGAGAAGAAUACCUUCUGGAAGGAUGAAUACGUUAAAGAGCGUUCGAAAAGUCCUAUGGUGGAAGUGCCCAACAAUAAUGGCAGCCAUAGCAAUAAUACAGAACACAACGACAGCGUUAACAGUGCUAGUAGCUCACCGCAAACGACCAAUGCCACUAAUAAUGGUACUGCAACUAUGAACAACGAUAAUAUUGAUGGUUUUAAGAAAACGAUGCCCACUACGACUACGAAUAACAAUGGAUUACAACAAAAUCAAACGAACAAUAAUUAUACGAAUUAUCAACCGCAACAACAACAACAAUUAUACACGCCACCAACUCCAAAUAACCAACAACAGCAACAAUCUCCCAUAAAACCCCUACAACAAUCACCACAAUAUAGUGGUGUUACACAACAAUCACCACAACUAUCUUCAUCACCCUUACAAACUACACAAAUGACACAACAACAACAAUCAUCACCACAACAAACAUCUAGACCCGAAUUUCGUAGUGUGGCAGCACCCACAUCACCAGCUGUCAAUAUUUAUACUAGACAAACUGAUAGUCCCCGUACAGCAGAAAAUGCUACACCUCCACGAGCUACUGAAAGUCCUUUCAAAUUUGCUCAACAGCAGCAACAGCAAAGAGCUCCUCCAGCUGUUUCUCCUUUGGCACAGCAAUCUACACCUUCAACAGCUUCAUCGGGAGCUUCAGUUUCACCCAAUAACCAGGCACAAACAGUACCAUGGCGCACUCAACGUAGUCAACCCCAACAACAACAACAGGCUCCAGCAGCAGUAGUAGCUCAGUCGCAUCCUCAGCCUAUUUAUAAUAAUGUGCAAGCUCAUUCACAACCACAACAACAGCAAAGAACUCCUGAUUUUUCAACUCAACAAUCGGCUUAUCAAGGUCCUAAACCGACCAAUAUUGGCUCUCUGUACAUUGCACCAUUGGCACCACCCACAGAGCCACAAGCUCAACACAUUGUACGUCAACAAAUGCAGCAGCAACAACAACGUGACUCACCCAUGCGUCAAAUGCCAGCACAACAGCAACAACCUACUGGCCCUGGCGCCUCUAACCAACAAUUACGUUGGAUGAGUACCCAACCAUUGGCUAAAGAACAACCAGCCUGGGCACGCCCCGAAGAAAAUGGUAAUGUGGUGCCUUCAUCAUUGAAUCGUAUUAAGUCACCACCACCAUCAGCUCAACCUCAAAGCAUGUAUCAACAGCAGCCCUUAAACUCGGGUAAUAAUGGUUUUAUGCCUCAAGCGGCACCCCAAAACUUUGGUGCUCAACCAAUGAAUACCACAGGUUUGCGUUUGCAAAUCAAUUCACCAGUCAAUCUAAACAAUAGUAGUCAAAAUGGACCCAAGGAACGCAUCAUACCCAUACAAUUGGAGCAAACUCCCACUUAUACUCCAGCUCAGCCCAGCUUUAAUCAGGCACAACAACAACAACAACACUUUGGAGCAGGUGGUAUGCCCCCUGCUCCCGGUUAUGUUGUACGUACACCCAAUCAAUUCGUAGAUCAGGGUUACAACAAUUUUGGCCAGCAGCAACAACAACAACAAUCACAACCCCAACGUGUAAUGUCACCAACAUUGCAACAAUUGAAUGCACCACGUAUGGUGCAACAAACUCAAAAUAAUGUAGCAACGGGCAAUAAAACACAUAUAAUACCAAUUGCUUUGGAAAAUAAUGACGGUACUCGGGGACCCAUUUCAAAGACACCCAUCGUCAUACAAAAUGGGGAUUACAAUCUAGUAGUAUAUGACUGUCCACUAGAGGCUGAGAUCAGAUUUAGAAAAAAUCGACUCAGUGAUCAACGUACACCACCAGUACAAUCGAAAUCUUUUAGAAUUUUACAAAAAAUCACAGAUACUAUCGAUGAUGGCAGUAAUGAUGAUAAUGCAAACCAACAACAACAACAGCAGCAGCAACAACAGUCGGUUGAACCACAAUUGCAGCGUCCAACAUUUGCACGUCAAAUGAGCGCUCAACAGGCCCGUCAUAGUCCCACAGUCGAACAAAUGAGACGUAUGCAAAUUGGACACGAACAAGGUAACUACUCAGCACCAACAACGCCUUCUGCUCUUAAAUAUAAUCAACAACGCUCGUUUUAUGAUAACUCUCAACAAUAUAUACCACCCAGUGAACAACAAAUAACCGAACCGAAAAAAUAUACCGGUAGCGCUAUACCAAGUCGAUCAUUUAAAAUCUUACAGGCCAUGACACAACCAGAAAAUGCUGACGAACAGGAAAAUUGUGAAAAUAAUAACGAAAUGAACGAAAUUGUAUCAAAACCUGAAAGUAAUAGACAUUCAUAUGCUUCCACUUCAUCUACGGCUGAGCCGGUAUCAUCAUGUUCAUCUACUUCCAUAAGUUCAGAAUUGGCUUUCUCAUCUUCACCCUCACCCACACCACCACCAUCACAACCUUUAUCUUAUCCCCCUUAUCCAUAUCCCUAUGGUUAUCCCUGGUAUCCACCACCACCACCCCCAACUCAUAUGCCUGGUCAGAAUGGUGAGAGUGGUGUGCCUACUAAUUGGCAUUAUCCUUAUCCAAUGCAUUCGGCCACACCACCUCCACAACCCAUGUCGUCAGCAGGCGAACAAUCUAAUCCUCCUACACAUUAUCCACCUUAUGCCUAUUAUUAUCCCUACUAUCCCCCACCACCACACAUGUCACCAUAUGCUCUCCCAUCAAAUCGUAAUAGUUCUACAGAACCUUCUUCCGAAUAUGAUUUACAAAAUAUGUAUCCUUCUUACAUGCCUCCCCCACCUCCAUAUUUAGCUUAUCCUUAUCCCGUAGCUCCUAGUUAUAGCCAUAGUUCAAGUUCUAGUAGGGCCAGCAGUGUAUUGCCUGAUAUUAUUAUAACACCCAGUACCGAUGAUGUACCCUCUCAGGUCAUAAUGAAACAUCAUAUUAAAGUAGAAAAAGAACCACGUAAACAGAGGGAAGGGUCCAUAGAAAUUGAAGAUGUUACUUCACUCAAGUCAAAUCCUCCUCCCAAGGGUACUGUUGUCGAUAUUUUAACGCAACAUUUACAGAACAUGUCCAAGGGCAUAGAGAAUAAUUUGAAUAGCAAACGUCAAGCUAAGAAAUCGUAUAAAAAGAAUAUCGAACAGAAAUCUCCAGAAGAUAAUACAUCACCAGUACAAAUUACCAUGGCGACAGAAUCAGAGAAGGAUUCUGAAACCGAAACUUCAGAUUCGGAUAUAACACCUAAGCAAAUGGAUAAAAAGGGGCCGGUUCCUCUGAAAUCUAUAAGAUCGGUGAAUAAUAUACAAAUAUAUAAUGGAAAGAAAAUCCAACAAGGCGAAGAAGAUUCUAGUUCAGAAUCUGAAUCGGAUGAUGAUGAUGAAACAACAGCCGAUGGUGAAAGUGAUAUCUUUGAUGAAGAGGAAGAUGAAGAAGAAACUCAUGAACAUCAGCAUGAUUUUGAAUUAGAAGAGCACAUAGAGCAAGAAUCGGAAACAUCUGACAGUGAAGGAUUCAUAAUCGAUGAUAAUCUUAGUGUGAUCUAUGAGGAAGAGAGUGAAAUGGAAAAGAGUAGUGACAUGGCAAAGACAGUGAUACGAGGCGAUAGAUCAACACAAAGCGAUGAUUUAUCUCUAGACAAAGAUGAUCCUCCCGAUGAAUUGCCACGACAAAUCGAGGAAAAUGAUGAAGAAGAUUCUACCUCGGUUACCGUAAGAUUGCCUUUGAAAUUCUCCUUUAGCAGCUCUAAAGAUGCCGAUAAUAUUGCCACCGUAGAGGUGGGCAAAUCCCAAAUAGAGGAAAAAAGAAAUAGUAUUUCUUUGGCUGAAAAACGCAAUUCCUUUAGUGUGGCUACGCUUAAAAGUGAUUCCGAAGACAAUGAUUAUGAUGAUUGUGAUGUCAGUGUUACCAUUUCUUUAACACAAUCUUCCAAAUCUAAUUCAUUGGAAGCUAAAGUUGAAAAUAAAAAUAAGGCUGAACUAUAUCCCAUAGAAGAUAUGUCUCUUCCCGAAGAAGCUUUGCAAAAGAUUGAAUCAAGUCAGGAAGAUGUUUCGGUUUCCUUGUCUCUAAAUAUGCGCAAUAAAUUUGCCCCAGAAACCAUAAAUGGUGGCUUAACCAAUAAUAUAGCUUUAGUUAAGGAAACUAAGCCUGUAACUGUACCUACACCAACUGUAGUAGCAGCAGCAGCUAACAAUGCUGGUUCACCUGAAGAAAUGGAUUUCUUUGCCACAUUAAUGGCUACCAAAAUGCAGGCUCAAAAGAUUAAGGAACAGUCAGCUAGUUAUUGGGGUAAAUCAACGGAAUCUAAGGAGGAAACAGCUAAGGAAUCUGACAAGCAGGAAAUUCAAGAAAACAAGGAAAAAGAGCAAACUUCCUUAGAGAGCAAGGAAACUAAAGUGAAUUUCUGGAGUAAUUACUCCGAAACUAAGGAGGAAACAGCCAAGGAAACUCAAAAGCAGGAAAUUCUAAAGGAAGACAAAUCAGAAAGUAUAGAACAAGAGCAAACUUCUUUAGAAAGUAAAGAAAGCAAAAUGAAUUUCUGGUCUAAAUACUCCCAGAAAACAAAAGAGGAAACUUCAGUGGAAACCAAGCAGGAAGAAACAAAAACAUUCAUACAAUCUAAAGCAUCUACAAACUCCAGCAGUAUGGAAAUGGAAAACAAAACAAACGAAGAAUCCUCCAAGAGUCAAGAAGAGAUUAAAAAGCCGAAAUUUAGUUUCUGGGAUCGUUGUUCGUCGAUACCUAAAGAGGAGAAGAAGGAAGUUAAGGAAACUAAAGCAGGUUUAGAUUCUAACUUCUGGGAACGCUAUUCUAAAUCCACACAACAAAGCGAAAAAACAGAAACACAAAUUGAAGUCCAAACAUCUCAAGAAAGUUCUUCUAUAGCAUCACAAGAGAAGAAUGAAAUAACAACAGCAGUGGAAACUAAAGAACCUACAUUCUGGGAACGUUAUUCCAAACCAAUAGAACAUAUUGAAGCUACAGAAACUAAAAGCCAAAUCGAAGACUCUAAACCAGAAGAAAUUGAGGAUAUUUGGGCUCAACGUGAUGAAGAUGCUGAGGUAAGGAAACCAUCCUUUACAUUCUGGAAUAAACACACAAAUACGGAACUUAAUGAAAGCUCUUCGAUUGCGCAAACCACCGAAGAGGUAGUGGAUAUUUGGGCUGAUCGUGUUGAAGAUUUGCCACCCAUUAAACCCACAGUAAGCAAACUUAAAUCAUUAGAAUCGGCUAAGAACUCCUUCUGGUCUAGUGUAUCUGAAGCCAAUAAAACCGUAGAGCCCGCAAAACCUAUACCAGAACCAGAAUGUAUUACUAUAGUUGAAUUUAAUUUAACGGUACUCAGAUCAUUUGUAAAGGAAGUUCCACAACCACAAAUAGCUUCUGUACAUUAUGAGGAGGAAAACGUAGAAGAAAUCCCAGUUGAAGAGCCAGAAGAAACUGAAGAAAUAGAUUUUUGGGCUCAAAUUGAACCAGCACGUAAAUCGCCAGAACCAAAGAUCAUUGUUAAAGAACCCGCUUAUUACAAUAGCUUCACAGAACAGCAGCAAACACCAACUUAUAUCAACUCAUUUGGAGAGCAGGAAUGUAGUAUGUAUAAUGAUGAUAAUAUACCCACUACAGCUGAUCACUUUGAUCCUCUUAAGUAUCCAGAAGAACCGCGAGAAGUUGAUACUGAUGAAGAAAUUGAUUUCUGGGCAGAGAUCGAAGCCAAACACCAAAGAGAGGACAAUGAUGAUGAUGUUACCUUCCAUAAAUCUGCCUCAUUUUGGGCUUCACGCGAACGUCAUAAUUCAGUGGACGAGACACCUUAUAAACCAGUUUUACCUAAAGCUUUUCAUGCCAAACUACCCGAUGAGCCUCCAUCAGCGGAUAUCAAUAUUUGGGAAGCUUUAGAGGCUCACAAAGGCGAAGAGCCAGUAAUUAUAGAUCCAGCUGUAGAAGAAGACAAGGCUUUGGUUCAGGAAUAUGAUGAAAUGGCACAACAGGAAGUCCCCGAAGUAACAGAAGAAGAGCAUAAUGAUGAUGCCAUAUCAGUUCACGAAGCAGUUGUGGCUACAGUGUGGUGUCCACCGGCACAAAUAAAUCAAGUAGAAGAAACGGAAAUCGCUGAACAACCUGAAGUUGACAUCUGGCCUCCACCACCCACAGAACAAGAAAUGUCACAGGCAAUGGAAGAAGUUAAAACAGAACGAGAUGAAUUGGAGAUUAAGCGUAAUAAUUACAGAAAGGCCAUGGCCUUCUUUACCACCUCCAUAGAUGAAAAUAAAGAACAAAGUGUGGAACGUUAUGAGCGCACCAGUAGGAUUAACUCACAACGUUCAUCCUGUAUUGAAGAAGAAAAUGAAAAAUGGGAUUGGGAUGCUGUAAGUGAAGCUCUGCAACAGGAUAGUGGAGAACAGAAAGCGGAAACAAUAGUGGAAACUGUGGCAGCACCAAUUCCAGAAACUUUAGCUAAAGAACAAACUCCACAAGUAAUACCAGAAGCUACAGCUAUCAAGGAAGAAACACCUUUGCCAGAGGUAUAUGUUGAGCCCACAUUGAAACGUUUGUCUAAUGGUUUGCCCGAUUUGGAGGUUAAUAAAUUUAAUGAGGAAAGAAAAAUCUCGGUAAAAGCACGCAUUUCAGCUUUCGAAAGUGGUUCUGUUGAACAGACUUCAGAUUCACGCAGAAAUUCUAUUAAAAAUCAAUCACUCUCAGUGGAAAGUUAUACUAGACAAAGUUCUUUAUCACGCAACAGCAGUACCCAGCGAUCGGAAUCCGAAAUGGAUGAAGAUGAUUCGGGUGUUACCGAUAUGAAUAAACAACUUUCGGAAACCGAUACAGAAUCAGAAAGUUUCCCUGAAUUACGCAAAAUGUCUUCAUAUCAAAGAGCUGCCACACAUUCAAGAUUGUUUAAACUUUUGCAAGAUGAUCCUGAAGUAGCGGAAGCCAAUGAGAAUGCCGAUGAAUUCCAAUUUAAACCCAGUCGCAGGAAGAUUAUACAUAAUGUUAGUAUUACGCGUAAACAAAAUCCCAAAGCCUUGGCGGAGGCUGAAACCAUGACCCAAAGAAGAGAACGCUUAUCUUUACCUUUGCGUAAAAACACCAGCAUAGAUGCUGAUAAUCCCUCAACACCCAAUAGUCCCGCCUCACCCAUAAUGGGCCACUCGGCCAACAAAUCGUCGGUGGUUAGUGAUAAAUUGGUCAGUGAAUUGGUGCAAAGUUUAUUGCUCAAAAGUGACAGCACACAUUUUAAAAAAUUACCCAUGGAAAAGCUGCAGGCAGCUGCCAAAAGAGUUUUAGAAGAGGAACUGGAUUCCUUGGAGAAUACCUCGGUGGACUCUACACCGGCCAUGACACCUAACGAUAUGAAAAAAGAUAAAUCAUAUGCCGAUUAUUAUAAUACUUGGUCGGAUGCUCAGGGCUCAGAGGAAAUUGUGCCCUCAAAAUCUUUUAGGGCCCUGCAAGAUUCACGACGCAGUCCCUGGACAGCCAGAUGUCCCAGAGUAUUAGGUUCAAAACCCAUAAAUUUGGCUAGAGUAACAGAAUCACCGGAAAUUUCUAUGCGUACCAGCAAAAGUCCCGAAUGUUUUAGACAGUCGCGAGAAAGUUCUAUAGGCAAGUGGAAAAAAUCAUAGUUUAGGUCUAAAGGGGUACAAGAAAUAAGAAAAUUUGGGGCUCUCAGAAAAACACAGUUGGUAUUACAACUUAAUUAAGAUACAGGGGAAAAGUAGAAUAUAAGUUUAGAUUUUACUGCCAUUUACGUAUAUUUUAAUUGACAACACACAGUUCAAACUUCUAGUCGUAGUGCUCGAACGAAAGCAACGAAUUUUUUCAGGAAAGGAAAUCGAAAGAUGAACUUAAAGAAACACAAAAAAAAAACAAGCAUUAUGAUCUUAAAACAGUUCCUAGAACUAGGACUAUGUUCGAAUUUUUGCAUUUUUUUUAAUUGAAUCAAAUUCAAACUUAAAGUUAAGCUACAUGUCGCACAAAUCGCAUCAAUCAUCAUCCUCACCUCAUAACAUUUAACAUAUGUAUAUUUACCAGGCUAUGAUCAAUCAAUUGUCGUUCAUUGUUUCGUUAAAUAAAUAAAAAAAUUAAACAUUUCCACAAAACAAUUCGUUUGUUACCUUCAAAAA